ACCAAGCCCGCGACAGACGUCUCCUGCCGACCAAUGGGCUGACAGAAGUGCGGGAGGGGUGGAAGGCGGAGCCAAUGGCGCGGUGCCAAUCACGAGCAUCAGGGAAAGGGCGGGACGACAGUGUUAGCGGGAGGGAGGGGAAGGCCUCGGGAACCCAGCCGCGCUGCCGCCGCCGCCGCCGCCGCCGCCGCAGCCCGAGUCGGAGGAGGGAGAGACCAGUGAGAAAAUGGCGGCCGUGGCUGCUGAGGCGGCGGCGACCGCGGCGUCCCCCGGGGACGGGGGCGCCGGCGAGGCUGAGCCGGAGCUGGAGCCCAUCCCCGGCAGCGAGGCCGGCACCCCCCUCCCGGUCACGGCCACCGAGGCGGCGGUGCCGGACGGCGAGGCCGACGGGCGCCAGUCCGCCCCUCAGGCCGACGAGCAGCCGCUGCCGCCGCCGCCGCCGCCGCCGCCUCCGGGGGAGCUGGCGGGUAGCCCCGAGGCUGAGGCGAAGCCUCCCGAGCCCGCGGCCGCCCCGGCCCCGCCGCCCGAGCAGCCCCCGGCCGCCCCCGAGCCGUCCGAGGACGUGCCGCGGCCGCCGCUAGCUCCGGCGCUCGUGCCGCCGGCGGGCGGGGACUCGGCGGUGUCGCAGCUCAUCCCCGGCUCGGAGGUGCGGGUCACGCUGGACCACAUCAUCGAGGACGCGCUCGUCGUGUCGUUCCGCCUCGGGGAGAAGCUCUUCUCCGGGGUCCUCAUGGACCUGUCGAAAAGGUUUGGGCCCCAUGGGAUCCCUGUGACAGUAUUUCCCAAAAGGGAAUAUAAGGAUAAACCGGACGCCAUGCAGCUCCAAAGUAACACAUUCCAAGAAGGGAUAGAAGUCAAGCGGGAAGUGAAUGGUGCUGUUCCCGAGGACCUUUCUCCAGUCCCUCCUCCUGAGCGCCUGUGGACUUCCAAACCACCUCCUCUCUUCCACGAAGGAGCACCUUAUCCUCCCCCCUUGUUUAUCAGGGACACAUAUAACCAAUCAAUACCUCAGCCACCUCCUCGCAAAAUUAAGCGACCCAAACGAAAAAUGUACAGGGAAGAACCCACUUCAAUUAUGAAUGCGAUUAAGCUACGGCCCAGGCAAGUCCUGUGUGAUAAGUGUAAAAACAGUGUUGUUGCAGAAAAGAAGGAAAUUAGGAAGGGUAGCAGUGACUCUUCUAGGUAUGAAGAUAAAAAACGGAGAAAUGACAGUGUAGCUACUGUGAACAAGAAACUGAAAACUGACCAUAAAGUGGAUGGGAAAAACCAAAACGAAAGCCAGAGAAGAAACGCUGUGGUGAGGGUUUCCAACAUUGCUCACAGCAGAGGCAGGGUAGUCAAAGUUUCUGCUCAGGCAAACACGUCAAAAGCUCAGUUAAGUACCAAGAAGGUGCUCCAGAGCAAGAACAUGGAUCAUGCAAAAGCUCGGGAAGUAUUGAAAAUUGCCAAAGAAAAGGCACAGAAGAAGCAAAGUGAAACCUCCACUUCCAAAAACACACACUCGAAAGUCCAUUUCACACGUCGCUAUCAGAAUCCUAGCUCAGGUUCCCUCCCACCUCGGGUGCGUUUAAAACCACAAAGGUACAGGAACGAAGAAAAUGACUCUUCUCUGAAGACAGGACUGGAGAAAAUUCGGAGUGGCAAGCUGGCCCCUAAGCCGCAGUCUCGCUGCACCUCCACCCGCUCAGCAGGUCUCAACAAAUGGCAGCUAUUACAUCAGACAGUGACGAGUCCUGCUGCUCCCUUACAGUGUCUGACAGACCACUGUGGAUUCAGACUGGGAGCAUUGAAGUUAACAGUGAAGCGGGCAGCACAAAGACAUUAACAGACUGCUGCUUUCUUGGGCGUGUACUACAGUGACAGAACAAGAGCAUCCGGACUGGAUGAGAUUGGAGUUUGAAGCUGCACUAAGAAGUAAAGGUUAAAGCAGUGGCUCACACCAGUCAUCUAUACGGGGCACUUGCAGAGUAGACUGAAUGCAAGAAAAGGUAUUAGGGAAUAUUUUAUAUAUGUAAAAGAAACAGACUGCUGCAAUAAAUUAUGCAUGAGGCGAGGAGAGAAGUGAUAUGAACAUGUGCAGGAUGCACUCGUGUGAUGCGGAAGAAUCACUGACAGUAGCUUUUUUUGAAUGUGAACAGUAGUUUGGACAGGCCUGCCAGGCAUGGGAUGGUGCAGAAAUGUGGAAUUGUUUUGCAUACUUAACAUUUGUGCUUUCCCCAAGGAUUAUGUUUAUCAGUUCAGAAGUGAGCAGAGGUGUGUUUAAAAUGGUGCUCCUGUGAAACAGCAUGGUCACAUGUGCUGAGGCCAGUGUUUCCUUCAGGUGCCCUAGAAACAAGAGGAAGAUGAGCUGACAUCCUGCUGAAAGGAUGGCUAAGUGCCCCACCCCACCCACAAGUCAAAUGUGGAUCUUCUCUUUCUUUUAAUAAAACAGGGCUGUAUUAUCUUGAAUAUAUGUUUGCUUGUUAGAGCAUAUUAAGAUGUAUUUAUUUGCCACUAGUAUUUAACAUUUUGUGCACAUUUCCAUAACUACUUUCUUACCUUUUCAUAUUUUGACUCCCAAGUGGAUAGGCUAGUGUUGAUCUUGGAAUGAAAUCAUACACUCCCAAGAACUAGCUCAUAAUUCUCCUGAGCUGGACAGGCUUUUAUUAUCGCCUCUCCCUUGCUGAGUGGUGCUGUUCAGAAAAGGUGACAGCAUCAGUGUUGAUCUGGACCUCUUUCCACAGGAAGAAGCCCUCACUUCUUAAUGCAGGAUGCUCUCCAGGUGUCAGGGAAGACUUGGCCCUGGGGGACAAGUGGCAGAAACAGAUCCUUGAAAACAACCUAAACUUUUGGUGCAUGGAACAUGAAUUCUUAAUAGAGACCACAGAUUUUCCUUGUCUUUGCUUAAAUACAUAUUAUGAAAAUCCUUAAUUUUUCUUGUUUAAUGAAUGGAGAACACAUGAGAAAAUCAGAUGGACCUGUUAGUACUACAUUUUUAAAGCAUUUUAUAUUUGAUGGUGCCGUAAUUUUAAUAAUAAAACUGAAGAUUUUUAGUGGCAAUACUGAUUUAUUUUUUAAACCAGAAAGAUAACACCAUAUUGAUUACUUACUACAAAAAGAAAAAAAGAAAAAAAAAGCCAAAAUAAAAAAAGAAACUAACUCACAAAACUCAUUCAAAGUAACACAACAGAUGAACGAGCACUUGGCUCAAGAGUUCACUUUCUGUGAUCUUUCUGUUUGGGUGAGAUUACCCAACAGUCCAUUGCUCAGGAUUAGCAAAUGCUCUGGGUGGGAUUUUUAGAUUGUUUAAUAUUACCUGACUGUGAUUUGAUUUAUAACUUAAGAAGAAAAGCCGGGUAGUCUGGAGUCUAGUGAGCUUAAUUGAGAUCCUAACACACUGCAAGUGCUGGGAAGUCCUGACUGCAUUUUACAAUAAUCUCUUUGGAGACUUCCACAUCAUGACGUCAUCUUAUCAAAUGGGCUCAGGAACUCUAACAGCAGGGAGCUGUGGAGAAGACUUGAAGCACGGCUCCAGGCUCUGGGGUCAUCUUGUCUUAGACCCCCAACACCAGCAGUAACUUUUAUGCUCACUCAGGAACCAGGUGUCUCCCAAGCCAUGUGGAACAUGCAUGGGUUGUAUCAGGAAGACCUUUAAGCUUUAGAAAUAUAUUUGUAGAGUGAUGGAAUUGACCAAAAAAAUAAUAAUAUUAAGAAGGCAAAAGCACUGGGAGAGAUCAGGUUUUAAGAAUCUACAUAUUUUUUUCUUCAUGACAAAUCCUUAAAGGCAUUUUAUUACAAACUAGAUUUUCAUUAAAAAAAAAAAAAAAGACACUUGGUGGUAUUUAAAAUCUAGACCUACCAUGUUGCAACUUCAUUUUUACUGCUUUAGUUGCUUAAUAUUUAAGCUCUGCUUCAUGCUACCUUUUGUCUGUAUUUCCAAUCUUCACAGGCCUAUUUCAUUUGUAGACUUGAACGAUACAUUGUUUCUCACCUUCCAUCUGCUCAGAGUUAAAUGUUCAAGAAUGUUGUGUAACGUUAUCCAAUAAAGUCUUUGAUUUUUUUUAUUUAA